CCUGACAGCCAAUGUCAGACCCUGCCACUAGCCUCCGCAACAGAAGCUCCCGGCCAUGAAGCCUCUCCUUAUUAUGCUUGUCUUUCUUUUCCUUUGGGAUCCAGUGCUGGCAGGUAUAAAUUCAUUACCAUCAGAAAUGCACAAGAAAUGCUAUAAAAAUGGCAUCUGCAGACUUGAAUGCUAUGAGAGUGAAAUGCUAGUUGCCUACUGUAUGUUUCAGCUGGAGUGCUGUGUCACAGGAAAUCCUGCACCCUGACAUGAGAAACCAGCGAAUGGACACUAUCCUGAAGGCCCUUGAUACUGCCAUCUUUCACAAAACCAGGGAAUUUAGACCAAACUGUGACACCAUGUUGUGUCCAUGACUACUGGUUUUUAGCAUUUUUAUAAGCCAGCAGACUCUUACGGUCUUAAAUUUAAAGAGCUGAGCUG